UUAGUUCAACCGAACGGGCUCGACGAUAGAGGAAAAGAAAACCAUGAGGGUCCUCCUGAGCUGUAUGCCAGCAUGUUCAUGUUCUCAGUCUCCGUGCACGGUGCACGGUUUGUCGAGGGAAGAAUUGGCGCCUAAAAGGCCCUCCGCAGUGUGCUAGCGGUGCCAAAAAAAAUUGGAGUCGCUCCCUCCGCGUUCUCACAGCGGAUCCACACACAAAGUAAAAAAAAAUUCGGCACCGACGCUAUCUCACAGCGGAUCCACACACAAAGUAAAAAAAAAAUUGCCGCAGCAGUUUCCUUCGCGCGACGGCUCCAGAAGCUCUUCGUUUCCCAUAUCCUUUCUCCCUCCGCUGAUGAGCACGAGGAAGCAAAUUCCAUGUCGAUUUCUCCAUCUCCCCAAUAAAUUGGCCUCUCUCCUUCCAGAUCCUGCCUUCCUAGCCAGUCUAUUCCUCCGAUCUGGUGGCAUCUGAAGGAGGUGGAGUUGGGGCAGGGCAAGCCACGCGGAGGACAUCGGCGGCGCAGGAGCACGUCGACGCCAGCGGCGCGGGAGCACGACGGAGGCCAUGGCAGCGGCAGCGGCACGGGAGCACGUCGACGGUAGCGGCGGGAGCACGGCGACGGCGGCGGCCCUGGAGAACUGCGGCGGCUUGCUGCGUGCUACAGUAUUUUUAUCAUUUGUUUAUAAAGUGGGCACCGAUGCACGCACUUGCCCCGCUCCCGUUUUUCCGAGCAUCGCUUGCAAUUGGCAUCGCAGGCUGCAGUAGUGGGAGCGAUGCUCUAAGACUAACUCCAACAAUGAGAUGCAAUUUUGAGAGGCAAAUCAGAGUUGCCUCAUGUGUACAGUAAAUGCAACGCGUAUGUAUUUAGUGACAUCUCCAACAGCCAUAGCAUUUCCCGCUCUCCCGGCAGUAUCAGUUUCAUUUCCCGCCAACUCCCGGAACUGAAGAGGCAUGGCCUGGCGAUUUCGGCAGCUCGGCGACUGAGCAGCAUCGGUCCUCGACUGCUCCUGUUGCUGGCCGGUGGUUUCGGCGGCUCCGCGACUGAGCAGCGUCGGUCUUGGACUGCUCCUGUUGCUGGCUGGCGAUUUCGGCGGCUCCGCGACUGAGCAGCGUCGGCCCUUGACUGCUCCUGCGCUGCUUCACCAGAGCUCAUGGUGAUGGCCAAAUCUUAGAUUUGUGAUUUGUCGGUAGAGGCUCGUUCUCCUUCCCGGCGCCAGGGAUGGUGAUGAGGUAUAUUAAGCUUUCAAACUGUGGAACGGCUGCCAGUCAGGGGAGAGAUGCUGAUGAUGUUGAGAUGGCUGCAACAGUUCUCGUUGUUGGGACAAAACGUCGAUGGGGAGGUUCAACACCGGGUCACAAGACAUACAAGCGCGACCGUGAAGGUGCUAACAAAAUAUUGAAUGCUCAAUAUUUUGUUGAACAUCCAAUUUAAACCCAGAUCAUUUCCGCAGGAGGUGUGUACGUGAGCUGAAACAUAACUUUUACUAUAUUGUCAACCAAAUAUGCAGUAAAUAAUACAAAUUGUGUGGUUUGUACCGAAUGCGGGAGAAUUUGUUCCUUUGGAUUGUCGAUAAGGUUACUGAAGCGGACUCCUAUUUCAAACAAAAACGAAAUUGUGCUGGUCAGCGAGGAUUUUCCCCCAUCCACAAAUGCACGAUUGCAAUUAGAAUGCUAGCUUAUGGUAGCAUUGCUGAUUCAUUGGACGAGUAUCUUCAGAUGGGCGAGAGCACUGUAUUGGAGACAUUGAAGUGUUUUGUCAGAACAAUAGUAAAUGUUUUCGGGGAAGAAUGGAUUAGGCCACCAACAGAACUAGAGUUACAGCAUAUACUAAAGGUUAAUGAGGCAAGAGGAUUUCCUGGAAUGGUUGGCAGCAUAGACUGUAUGCAUUGGGAGUGGUCUAGUUGCCCCACUGCUUUUCAUGGGAUGUACAUGGGCCACAAAGGGAAGCCAACUAUGAUUCUAGAGGCUGUGGUGACUGAGGACCUCAGGUUUUGGCAUGCAUACUUUAGAUUACCUGGAUCCCAUAAUGAUAUUAAUGUGCUGCAGCGAUCACCGGUCUUUGAUGAUUUAGCUAAUGGCAGAGCACCUCCGGUUGAGUUCAAUGUGAAUGGCAACAUUUACAAUAUUGGUUAUUACCUAGCUGAUGGGAUAUAUCCAGAUUGGGCUACCUUAAUCAAGACAAUUAGUGCACCCAUAAGUAACAAGCACAAGGUGUAUGCAGAGCGACAGGAGGCAUGUAGGAAGGAUGUGGAGCGUGGUUUCGGUGUUCUUCAGGCUAGGUGGAAGAUUUUGCACUCCCCUGCUAGGUUGUGGCACCAAGAAGAUCUAAAUUAUAUUAUGAGGGCUUGCAUCAUCUUACAUAACAUGAUCAUCAUGGAUGAGAAAGGUGUGGAUCUUCCUACAAUUCAUUCAUCAGAGUGGCCUGGUAGGGAGAACCCUCCUGUCUGUAAUAUUGUAGAUUUUAUAGAUGCUCAAACUUAUAUCCGGAACAAAGAAACUUGCCACCAUCUUCGUUCUGACCUUGUCGAGCAUAUAUGGGGAUUGUACGGUUCAGGCACUGGACCUUUUGCUCGAAAGGGAAGCAUAUGAAUGUUCAAGCAGAUCAACUACCUUUUGAAGUCAAGCUUUUGAAUGGUGUUGAUAUCAGGUGGAGACAACAAUGGAUGUAAUUAAGUUGCAUGUAUCCCAGAACUUGCCACCUUGUAAUGAAGUAGCAUGGGUCCUCAAAGUUAGUCAUAUAUGUAAUUAAGUAGAACAUGUCAGGAAGUAUAAGUCUCUAAUUUUGUUCCACUUUUCGUUUUGCUCUACCACAUAUAUAAAACUGAUGUUGUGAAACGAUCAUUACAACAGAAC